AUGCACGCAGUGGACAUGGCCAGGUUCGCGACAGCGGUGCCUGAUCGCCGGCUGCAGCACGGCGCGAGGGACGCGGAGGCUCUGACCGCACCGCUGUGGUCCGUAUUUGGUGGCGUUCAGGAGACGAUGUUAAGGUGCAGCGCGUGCCAGUCAGAGAGCAUGUCGGAUGGGGAGCUGUUCUCGUGUAUUUCACUGGCGCCCCCCACGGCGUCAACCACGCUGGAAGCCCUGGUGGCAGAGCUCGAGUCAGUAGAGAAGUUGACGAGUGCUGGGGACACGUGUUCGAGGUGCGGGGUGGGGGGCGGACUGCAAAAGCAGAUUCGCAUCGCGAAGUGGCCGCAGGUAGUCUGCUUCCAUAUCCGCGGACUUCCCCUGCAACGUACUUCGGGCGGAUGGCUGCGGGAGAAAGUCAAUGGGCGUGUGGCUUUCCCGCUAGUGUUCAAGGGGGUCUCUGGGGAUUGGUCAGGUGAGUUGGCCGCCGUUUGCGUGCGCGCGGGAGAUGGGUGCAGCGGACGCUACGCGGCGUACGCGGAAACGUGUAGCGGGGAAUUGGUGCACUGCGAUGACGCGGACGUUCCGAGGUCCGCGUCAGAGGCGGAGGUGCAGCAAGCGCAGGCGUUCUUCCUCUUAUAUGCACGCACGGACUCGCCAUCAGAGGAGCAGGUGGCCGAGAGGAAGCGACGCCGACUCGCAUCUCCACGGGGGGAGUCGCCUGACCAGGCGCAGGCUUCCAUUGCCCAGCGCGGUGGCCGCGCCGCGGGGAGCAGUUUCGGGCGUUCGUCGGGAACUUCGGCCCGCAGCGUCAAGGAGUCGGACGAGUCGGAGCAUGUACUGCGGAGUGCCGACCGCGGAGUAGCGCCCGAGGCUGGCCGUCGCAACGCCGCGACGAACGGUGGCGCUGACCGCCUUGUAAGCAGACCGACGUCGCAGGACAAGACCUAUCCAGUCGAGGGCGCCUCCACGGCUGAGAGAACGACGCUGCCCGGCGACGUCGGCGCGGGCAGGGGGGGCGACGCAGACUCCGCGCGACGCGGUAUGCCUGAAGAUGGCCGACGCGGCGCCAGCGCGGCGGCGCGGGGAGCCCCUGGAGUUCACGGGCGGGGCGCGUCGAACGCGGGCGAGGCGGGGACAGCGGGGGUCGGCGGCGAGCAGACAGAGGGCGCGGAGAAGCAGAAGCGGGGCCAGAUGGAGGCGCAGCGCGCUUGCAGCGAGACCGAGGGUGUCAGUCAGGGAAGAGUGGGCGGGAUGGGAGCAGCGGGCCCGGCGACCGCGGCGGCCGCGGAUGGGGGCUCGCCAGGCGACGCCGUGGGCCGCGAGGCUGCGGGGCAUAUCGAGACUCCAGUGGCGGACGAGGCGCAGGAGUGGUUCUUCGCGGCCCGCGUGGACCCGCACUCGCAAGAUCCUCGGAGGAACCGAGAGAAGGCCGUGGCAGAGGCGGCGGCGCUCUUGCGGGAGUGCCCGGGCGCGCCUGGUGACCCGGAAGAUCCGUCCGUGCCGUGGGGGGAUGCGUUGGCCGAAGACCGUGCGGUUGAAUUGCCAGCCGCGCACUGCGCGUUCCGCGGGUGUCGAUGGGCGGGCGACGCAGAAGCGGCCUUAAUCGAGCACGUGGCUACGGGUCACGGGGACGUCCUACAGCCAAUCGCGGACACGACUCCGAAAGAGCCGGCCGAGCAGCAGAAGGUCGCGAGCGCGCCAGCGGGCUACGGCUACGGCGCCAGCAAGGCGUUCAGCGACGACGGCGAGGGCAGCCGGACUACAAACAAAGCGCUCGCCCAGAGGAUCGAGUAG